UGAGAGAGGAGUGGGAGCGCAAGAGCAGGACCGUCACACAGGAGCAGAGCAGCAGCGCUGGAGGAACGCAUCCAAACAUCUCAUCCUCUACACCAAAGCCCGUUUAUUUUUUAGCGAGGCCCUUGUAUACGUAAAUUGUUUCGGGAUUUGCACACAGUGUUGCGCGUUAUCUGAGGAAAACGGCCUCAUCCUCACCGAUUAUCCGCCAGCUUUUCGGGAAAUAACCAAGGAGUUGUUUCACACUCCCCGAGCGCAAGGUUCGCAUCGUGGCUCUUUCAGAAGUGGCAUGUUCGAGGGAUACCGCGGACACAAUUGAACUCCUGCUUUCACCCAAAGAGGAUUCAAUGAAAAUGUCCGUGUGCGUCCAUGAGAACCGAAAAUCGCGAGCCAGCACUGGCUCGAUGAACAUCUACCUGUUCCAUAAGUCCUCCUAUGCCGAUAGUGUCCUCAUGCACCUCAACUCGCUGCGGCAGCAACAACUUUUCACAGACGUCCUGCUUCAUGCAGGUAGCCGCUCCUUCCCCUGCCAUCGGGCCGUGCUGGCUGCCUGCAGCCGCUACUUUGAGGCCAUGUUCAGCGGCGGGCUGAGGGAGAGCCAGGCCAGUGAGGUCGACUUCCGUGACUCCAUCCACCCGGAGGUUUUAGAGCUCCUGCUGGAUUAUGCGUACUCAUCACGUGUGGUCAUCAACGAGGAAAACGCAGAGUCACUAUUGGAGGCUGGCGACAUGCUAGAGUUUCAGGACAUCCGGGAUGCCUGUGCUGAAUUCCUAGAGAGAAACCUUCACCCAACUAACUGCCUCGGCAUGCUGUUGCUGUCUGAUGCCCACCAGUGCACCAAGCUGUCAGAGCUCUCCUGGAGCAUGUGCCUCAGCAACUUUCCCGCUAUUUGCAAGACAGAGGACUUCCUCCAACUGCCCAAAGAUAUGGUGGUGCAGCUUUUGUCACAUGAGGAGCUAGAGACAGAAGAUGAGAGACUGGUUUAUGAAGCUGCCCUUAACUGGAUCAACUAUGACCUGGACAAGAGACACUGCCACCUUCCAGAGCUCCUGAGAACGGUCCGCCUGGCCUUGCUGCCUGCCAUCUUUCUCAUGGAGAACGUUUCUACAGAAGAGCUGAUCAACGCAAAGCCCAAGAGCAAGGAGCUUGUGGAUGAAGCUAUCCGCUGUAAGCUGAAGAUCCUGCAAAACGAUGGCGUCGUUAACAGCCCGUGUGCUCGACCAAGAAAGACCAGCCAUGCCUUAUUUCUUCUGGGAGGGCAGACUUUCAUGUGCGACAAGUUGUACCUGGUGGACCAGAAAGCCAAAGAGAUCAUCCCCAAAGCCGACAUUCCCAGCCCCAGGAAGGAGUUCAGCGCCUGCGCCAUCGGAUGUAAGGUGUACAUCACUGGUGGGAGAGGCUCAGAGAAUGGUGUGUCCAAAGAUGUGUGGGUCUACGACACCGUCCAAGAGGAAUGGUCAAAGGCAGCACCCAUGCUCAUUGCCAGGUUUGGCCAUGGCUCUGCCGAGCUGAAACACUGCCUCUACGUGGUAGGAGGUCACACGGCAGCAACUGGCUGCCUCCCAGCUUCUCCGUCUGUAUCGCUCAAACAGGUGGAGCAGUUUGACCCAGUGGCAAACAAGUGGACCAUGGUGGCUCCUUUGAGAGAGGGUGUGAGCAAUGCAGCAGUGGUCAGCGUCAAGCUCAAGCUCUUUGCCUUUGGAGGAACCAGCGUCACCCACGACAAGCUGCCCAAGGUGCAGUGCUACGAUCCGCAGGAGAACCGAUGGUCUGUGCCCGCGUCCUGCCCGCAGCCGUGGCGCUACACAGCCGCCGCCGUGCUAGGAAAUCAGAUCUUCGUCAUGGGCGGGGAUACGGAGUUCUCAGCAUGCUCGGCUUACAAGUUCAGCAGUGACACCUACCAGUGGACUAAAGUGGGCGACGUGACGGCCAAGCGGAUGAGCUGCCAGGCUGUGGCAUCGGGGAACAAACUGUAUGUGGUGGGUGGGUACUUUGGCACACAGCGGUGUAAAACUCUUGACUGCUAUGACCCCACGCUGGAUGCUUGGAACAGCAUCACUACUGUGCCAUACUCGCUCAUUCCCACUGCUUUCGUCAGCACCUGGAAACAUCUGCCUGCUUGAGCCUAAAACCCUCUACCUACACCCUUUACAUGAGAUUUCCCUGUUUUGCAUCAUCUACUGGACUCCAACUGUGAAGAAGCACACGUUAUCUUCCUCUAAAAGAGACGCUGAGCAGUGAUGUACAGACACCCGCAUUCAUCUUGAUGUUGCAAAGAUGCAGAAACUGGACAAAAGCUGGAUACUUUACUGGAAUGAUGUCUACUCUCAUUUCCAAAAAGGACGCUGAGGCCUAACAGGGCAGUAGCUUACGCAAACAAACCAAACAAACUGCUGCUUGUUUUAUGAGGCACAAACUCCAACCUUGUGUACAUCUGGCAUAUGCUUUCAUGCUGCCAUACAAGGACUGCAAACAUAUCACAUGACCUGCAUUUUUCCCAUUUAGUCAUGACAGGCUUGUGAGAAUGUGCAUUGAUGUUUUUCUCUAUGAUAAAAAAAUUAGAAAAAGAAUUCUCUACUCUUUUCAUCGAGGCUGCAGUGUAUAGCAUGAUGGAUGUUCUAUUUACGUUGAGGAAGGGAGAAUGCAAUUGAUUGGUGUGCUAUAGGAAAAAAACUCAGUUUAACUGAAUAUAGCCGAUUUAUAAAAGGCACAAUGAAGGAGCAAAUCACUUCUUUCUCUUCUCUAAUAAGCUCUUUAGUUUUUUCCCCCUUGUAUCUUUUAUUUUCUUCUUUCAAAGCCGGGCUUCUAACAGCUCUGACACAGAAACAGACCUUCCUCUUAUGAAGGCUUUGGCAGUUUGCCGUCACUGCAAGCCACGAGGUGUUGACGAACCAACACCAGCUGAGGUUGAGGAGGAUGGAGGGGAUCUGUGCGUGGCCGGUGGGGGUCGAGGUGCCUCGGGGUCACAAACUUACAUGUUUGCUGUUUCGCAGCUACGCAUUAACACCCGCUGAACACCGGUUAACUAACCCACUAUACACAGGGGCGGUAUUCAGUGUUAGGAUCCAUCCAUCGCUUCAGAAAGAACACUGUCACAUUCAGCUGUACACUUAAUGCUGUAAAAGACUGGCUGUGCUUCUGUUAUUCUGAUAAAAGCAGUUGCUCGCUUGCUGAGUCAUGGCUGAACCCUUUCUAGAGCAUGUCCACUCAUAGUGAUUCAGUAAAACUGGCAUGAACUCUUCUCUGUGGUCACAGAAAUCUUUUCACCUUAACCUAAACUGAGAAUGAAUCAGUUUCGUUUUAAACUUGCUGCAAUCUAGGCUUAAUUUAUAUGACAGUGAUUACUCUGUUCUGUUAAUAUGUUUAAUCCUAUUUAUUUCUUCUCUGCCUGCAUUCUUAUGUGAACGUAUGUUUCGGGUUAUGUCAUGCAUGGCCAGGUGUUGUGUUUUAUCUGAUCUCAGUUGGGCUACAUUUUGCACAAUUCAGUCUUUCCCAGGAGGAACUUUAAAUUCUUUCAAAAGAGACAGAGGUUAACCUCUCACAGAGUAUUGAUGGAAGGAGAAGAAUGGCUCGGAUUACUGAUGAUGUGAAGCAGUUCAGGCCACAGGGUCGCUGUCCCAAUAAGAAGACUGAAUGGUGUUGAAAGAAAUU